AACACAUCAUGUGACAUGAAUGUGUGCUUGAUAAUCCUCUAAAUAACUUGCAGGCGAAGCAAAAGAAAAUAAAGCGUGGAUGUGAACGUACAACUUAUUUCACACAUGAACCAAAACCUUAGACAAGGACAGCGUGUAGGCCUAGCAUAUUCAAAGCAGAAAGGAAAAGAAAAAAACUGCCAAGAUGUGUUGCUCCGGCUUUCUCAAGAUUAUGAUGUUCGUCUUCAACGGCGCCAUCUUUUUGGCUGGUGGAGCCAUCCUUGGCAUUGGGGUGUGGGUGAAGGUGGACAGCGAUUCUCUGCUGGGUAUACUUAGUAGCGUGGAGGAUGCUCCAUCUGGGUUGUCCGUUCUCGUCUACGUCAGCUACCUACUCAUUGGGGUGGGUGCUGUGCUGCUGAUCAUCGGCUUCCUGGGCUGCUGUGGAGCCGUGAGGGAGAGCAGAUGUAUGCUGCUGGCAUUCUUCAGCAUUGUGCUGAUUCUUUUCCUCGUUGAGGUUGCUGGAGCUGUGCUUCUGUUUGUCUUCGAUGAUGUAGCUAAACCGCUUCUUGAAGGUCUGGAGAAGGAAGUUAUAGAGGACAUUCGAAAAAACUAUGGAGAGAACGAGGGUAUGACAACCCUCUGGAAUACGACCAUGGACCAGUUUAAGUGCUGCGGAUACAGGAACUACACCGAUUUUACUGGUUCUCCUUAUGUCAGCGAUCAUGAAGGGAAGUUUUAUCCACUCACUUGUUGCAAUGCAACCAUCACAGAGGAUGUUUGCUCUACAUCAAACGCAAACAGUUCGAUGAUGAUGGCUGCUUUGACAAGCUGCUGAAGCUGAUAGAGGACAACGCUGUGUUGUUGCUGCUGUGGCUCUAGGAAUUGCUGCUCUUGAGAUUGCUGCUAUGGUGGUUUCGAUGGUCCUAUACAACAACAUUGGCAACAAGGCAUAGUGACUCGUGUUUGGGAUUGGAGGACAACUUUGUAAUUGGUGAAGACAAUUUGCAUCUUUUUCAUGUGUCAAGGUUUUUUCCUUGAUUCAGACCAAUAAAGGCUUUAAAUGCUCCACAGGUUUUUUUUCCUUUGCCUGUGGAGCAUUUCAGUCACAAACAGAGAGUUCGUCAAUGGAGCUGUCAUUUUCUUAGUUCCAGAACUGCAUUUGUGCACAUUUCUAUGUGAUUUUUUUAUGUUUUAAUAGGGCUGCUAAUAGCUGAUAGAGUGUGUGCUGAUACAUGGAGCUUUGUGUAAUGAGGCACAGGACAGGAGGAAUAAGUCAAUUGUUAAUAUCCUUUGCAUUCACUGUAGCAAUAUAACACGUUAUUUUUUUAUGUUUGAUCAAUUGAAAUAUAAAAUAUUACAAUGUUGA